CCGGUACAAAACAAGGGACGAACUCGAGUCGAGCUGCACCGCGCGCGAACGGAUGGUGUGCGGCCAUGGGUCACUAGCACAUGGAUAGCGCGUCGUCGUCGCGCCGGCGCGCGACCAAGGACGAAGAAGAACCGGAUGUCGACCUCCCAACGACACCCGCCGCUCGCGUGCGGCCCGAGAAGUACAGCGCACGCGCGGAGGUGCGGCUCAUCGCGGGAUUUGUCGUUCUGCUGGUGGGGCUGCUGGCCGUCCUCCUGCGCCACGCGGACGCGCGGGGCCGGCGCGCGAUCGGCGAGUUCGGGCACCUGGAUCGGGCGUUCGUGCUGUCGACGCGCGGCUCGAACGGAACGAGCUCGGCCGAGCUCGAGCGUCUCAAGCUCCAGCUCCGCGCGCUGCGCUUGACGAACGACGACAUCCACGUCGUCUACGCUCCCGAGAGAGUCUCGACGCGCGAGGCGAUGCUCAGGCGGUGGUCCAAGGGCACCGGCAUGCGGCACCUUGUCCACGCGCUCGUCGACUGGGCGACCGAGUCGCCCAAGCGCCACCCCGUCUGGUCCGGUGCACAAAUCAACUUUUCGCGACGCGUCAGCUGCACGCCAUCUUCAUUAUAUGGACACCCGACUCACUGUUUGAUUUGUGCACAGGUGGCGCUCGUGUUGGAGGACGACGCCGUCGUGCUGCCCGGGGGCGUGAGUGUCCUCAACGACGCCCUGCGCUAUCUCGAGUCGGACACGGGUCUCUUCGGCAACUGGGACAUUCUCUACGCGGCGCAUUGCGGCGAGUGCCUCUGGUGGGCCGACGCGCUGACGGACUCGUCGACGGCCAGGCUCGGCGGCGGUCUCGCGGGCGACGAGGUCGGCCUCAACGAGUACGCGUUCAACAGGAGUCACGAUCCCGGCUGCAACGCCGACGCGGCCGCGCCGCGGCGCCGGAAGCGCCCGAGCUCCAGAAAACUCGCCCGGACGGGCGCGCGCGACGUCGCCGUCGCCGUCGAGCGCCGCGCCGUCGUCGCGCUCUCGGGCACGACGGCGGCGCUCGCGCGGGCCGUGGACCCGCGGUGCUCCGACGCCCUCGCCGUGAGAUACACGCCUGCGCUAGCCGCGACCCUCGCUUCGGUCGUCGACGGCGACCCCUCGCUCGGCCCGUUCCACGAGGGUCAGUUCGAUCUCACGCUCGCGCGACUCGCGGCCGACCGCGUCCUUCGCGCCUUUGUCAUCUGGCCGCCGGUAGUCCACCGGUUCCACGACGGUUACGGCCGCCCCGACGACGGAUACGGCAUGAACUCCUCCCAGUUCAUUACCGCCUGGCUCGAGCUCAAGACGACGCGGCGGCGCUGACGCGUUGACCAGCGUAGGAGUAAGAAUUAGGCUACAG